UUACACUUCCGCGUUUAGAAAAAGAAAAGUGUCCGAAGUUUGAUUAUGUUAUAAAAGUUUUUAUUAAGUUAUCGGUUAGCAGUGAUAAACAAAUUCAACUUUGAUAUGCAUUAGUCCGGAUAUUCUACGUUAAACGGAGUAGGCCUAACCAGAAGCACCAUCAUGGCCUACCACUGGCAGAGCCACAAUGUUAAGACCAGCGGUGUCGAUGACAUGGUCUUGCUGCAGAAAAUCUCCGAAGGAUCCAUUGUGGAGAAUCUCAAGAAACGCUUCAUGGAAGACUGCAUUUAUACGUACAUCGGUCCCGUCCUGGUCUCCGUGAACCCAUUCAAGCAGCUCAACAUAUUCACCGACAGACACAUCGACAUCUACCAAGGAGCGGCUCAGUAUGAAAAUGCGCCACACGUGUACGCCCUGACAGACAACAUGUAUAGAAACAUGCUCAUUGAAAUGGAGAACCAGUGUGUGAUUAUCAGUGGUGAGAGUGGUGCUGGUAAGACUGUGGCCGCCAAGUACAUAAUGGGCUACAUCGCCAAGGUUUCAGGAGGCGGGCCCUUGGUCCAGAGAGUAAAAGAUGUUAUAUUGGAAUCAAAUCCACUCCUGGAAGCUUUCGGAAAUGCCAAGACUGUACGCAACAACAAUUCCAGUCGAUUUGGCAAGUACGUGGAGAUUCAGUUCAGCCGGGGUGGCGAGCCUGAUGGCGGCAAAAUAUCAAACUUCCUCUUGGAGAAGUCGAGGGUUGUGUCUCAAAAUGCUCACGAGAGAAGCUUUCACAUCUUCUACCAGCUGAUAGCUGGUGCUACUCCGCAACUGAAAGAGAACCUGGGUCUGACGAUGCCGGACUACUACUACUACCUCAACCAGAGUGGAACUUACAGCGUGGACGGCAUGAAUGAUGUGCAGGAAUUCCAGGACACACUGCGUGCGAUGCAGGUGAUAGGGAUUCCGGAAGAGAACCAGAAUGACGUGUUGGCGAUCGUGGCCGGAAUCUUGCACCUCGGAAACAUCAGCUUUGUCGAAGACGGAAACUACGCCAGAAUUGCCAGCGAUGACUUUCUGGCCUUUCCUGCCUUCCUGCUGGGGAUUGACUCGGAGAUGCUGAGAGACAAGCUGACGGGACGGAUCAUGGACAGCAAGUGGGGAGGCAAGACGGAGACGAUCGAGAUGAAACUCAAUGUGGAGCAGGCCGUGUUCACACGAGACGCACUUGCCAAAGCCGUUUACUUAAGGCUCUUUGAUUAUUUAGUCAUGUCCGUGAACAUUGCCAUGCAGAAAGAGAUAGAAGAAGUGAACAUAGGCAUUCUCGAUAUAUAUGGAUUUGAGAUUUUCCAAAAGAAUGGAUUUGAACAAUUUUGCAUUAAUUAUGUGAAUGAAAAACUACAGCAGAUAUUUAUAGAACUCACCCUGAAGGCGGAACAGGAAGAAUAUGUACAGGAAGGGAUAAAAUGGACGGCUAUAGACUACUUCAACAAUAAGAUUGUCUGUGAUCUGAUCGAGGCGAAGAACCCCCCGGGAAUCAUGUCCAUCCUGGAUGAUGUCUGCGCGACGAUGCAUGCCGUGUCGGAAGGUGCCGACAGCAAGCUGAUGAACAAACUGUCAAUGGCGGUUGGAACACACAAUCAUUUCCAGGGAACCAGUACUGGCUUUGUCAUCCACCAUUACGCUGGCAAGGUCACUUAUGAUGUUGAUGGUUUUUGUGAGAGGAAUCGAGACGUUUUGUUCUCAGAUCUUAUACAGCUUAUGCAGUCGAGUCAGAGUGAUUUUAUAGAGAAGUUGUUCCCAGAGGAUGUUAGUGCGACAACCAGAGGACGACCCACAACAGCCAGCACCAAAAUCAGGACUCAGGCCAACAAACUGGUGACGACGCUGAUGAAGUGCACUCCUCACUACAUCCGGUGUAUCAAGCCGAAUGAGACGAAGCGAGCGAAGGACUGGGAGGAUAGCAGAGUGAAGCACCAGGUGGAAUACCUUGGCCUGAAAGAAAACAUCCGAGUGCGGAGAGCAGGUUUCGCAUUCAGACGGGAGUUCCUCAAAUUCCUCAAACGGUAUGCCAUUCUAACCCCCGAGACGUAUCCCAGCUGGCAAGGCGACCCACGACGAGGCAUCACUCACCUCAUGGAAUCUGUGAACAUGGACAGAGACCAGUUCCAGAUGGGCAAGAGUAAAGUGUUCAUCAAAAACCCAGAAUCUUUGUUUCUGCUGGAGGAAGUGAGAGAAAGGAAGUUUGACAGCUUCGCUAGAGUGAUUCAGAAAGCAUACAGAAAACACCAUGCUGUCAGAUUGAACCAGAAGAAACGUGAAGAAGCAUCUGACAUACUUUUCAACAAGAAGAACCGAAGACGACACAGUAUUAACCGAAACUUUGUUGGUGAUUACAUCGGCCUCGACAACUGUCCUGAGUUACGUGCCCUUGUUGGCAGGCGCGAACGAAUCGAGUUUGCUGACACCGUGAACAAAUAUGAUAGGAGAUUCAAGUCUGUGAAGAGAGAUCUGCUGUUGACUGGCAAAAUGUUGUACAUGAUUGGACUGGAAGUGAUCAAAAAAGGACCAGACAAAGGGAAGAAAAUUCUAGUCGUCAAGCGACAUAUACCACUAGAUCAGAUCACUAGUAUAGGUUUGAGCACAAUGCAGGACGACUUUUUCUUGGUGAACGUUCAGAAUGAUUACUCGAGUUUACUGGAGUCGGUGUUUAAGACAGAGUUCCUCACGACACUGUUCAAGCGGUACAAAGACGCCGUCAGUCGUCCGCUCACCAUACACUUCUCUGACAGUCUUGACUUCCCCGUGAAGAAGGAAGGAUGGGGUGGAGGCGGCAACAGACAGCUCAAGUUUGUCGCGGGCUCUGGCGACGUGGCGGUUCUGAAACCUUCUUCAAAAACCCUCAUCAUUAGUAUUGGGCCAGGUCUGCCAAAGGAUACCAGACCCGGCUUGAAGCGUCCAGUUAGUAAUGGUGCACCGUACCGUCCAGCAGGAAGAUCAGCACCGCCACCAGUGCGGGGUGUGGCAUCACGAGGCCCUGCCCCUAAUCGCCCCGCCCCACGGAUUUCAUCCAGUGCUGCACCUCCCCCUCCAAUAUCCAAUCCACCCUCCAGAAGCCACGUUAAACGACAGUCGAGUAUUGAACUUCAGGACAAGAUUCUGAAGCAGCGAUCUCGAACUAAGGCUUCUGACAAGAUGCCAUCACUCCCUCGAGACGGGGCGCAGCGCAUGGCUAAGAAACUGAACCAGGCGAUUCUUAACAACAACAAUGAAUACCUGGCCACACCAGACGCAGGGGUCGCUGGAAUGCAAAGACAGAAGCGUAUAUCGGCCAAACCCACCCCUGCUGGGGGAAAACCCCGCCCUGGUUUGAAGCCCAAACCCAAACUGCCUCAGUGUAAAUGUCUGUACGCUUACGAUGCCCAGGAUACAGAUGAACUCAGUUUUAACACUGGAGAUAUUAUCGACAUUGUUAAAGAAGACAGUGCUGGAUGGUGGCAAGGAAAGUUACGAGGAAAGGAAGGACUUUUUCCGGCCAACUAUGUGGAAAAAUUAUGAGAACUUAAAAAGAAAACAUUGUGAUAAACUAUUCAGGUUGACCACCUAUUUGUUGUGAAGUCGCUUCAAUCAGUGUCACUUCAGAAUUACCACUGAUUGUACAAGGAAAUGCUGAAAUAUAGUCAUCUUUUUGCAAGUUUUUUUCUUGGAGAAGUCGUAAAGUAUUCAUUUUGAUCACAGAGUGUCAAUUCUUUAAAAGGAAUUAAGUUUAAAGCACUUUAAUUCAUUUAUUUACAACUAUAAAAUCCAGUCGAGAAUAAUAUUUAUAUUAAUUAUUUAACAUUAAUGAAAUUGAAUAUAAUUUAUAUAAAGUUUUUUUUUGAUUUUAAUUUUAAUGCUAGUAUAGUGAAAGCUAGGUAAAACAAACUGAUUUGAGUAUUAUUUUUUGAUUAAUCAGGCUGAUUGUUCAUUUUAGAAAUGUUGUCGCCUAAUUUUGCCAUAUAAUAUAAUUUGUUAAUUCAAUAUGUUAAAAAUACCAGAAAAUUAGUAUUUUUGUUUCUAUUUUGUUUUAAGACAUAACAAAAACAAAACAGCAAAAAUUGCUGAAAAUAAUACACUGGAUGAAAUAAUAAUUAAAGCUUGUAUUUUUUGUUGUACUAGACACAGCUGUCACUUGGUAAUUUGGUGCCUAUGACCUGCUACAUGUGUACUGAUAAUCAAAGAUUUGACGCCAUGCAUUACGAGUCGUAUGAUACAUUUACUGCAUCCCAUGGCAACAUUUUAAUCACUAUUACAACCAUUGCAAUUGCCCACGGCAAUCGGCAAUGCCAUGUAGUUUUUAAUUCUCCACGGCACAUGUUUUGCCUUGGACUAUAGUCAUGGUUUUUACCAAUGGCUUGUUGUUUUUUUACCAUGGACAUUUUCUUAAUUGCAGGGAUUGUAUUAUAAAUUUUUUUAUAGCAAAUAUUGUUGUUUAGAAAAGGGAAGUAAUUUUUCUUUUAAAUUAUGGUUGCAAUAAAAUUGAUUUUUUUUUUUUUCUUAUGAUUAGUUAGGUUGCGGAAAUGUGUAUUUUGUUUAAGGUAGAUCGAAGCCUUUUCCACCGAUUUAUCAUUGUAAUUGUCUCAUGGUUUCUUGUAUAGCUAAUAUACAUUGCUUGCUUAGUUACAUUUUGAACGCAGUAUGAUUUUGUAUCCAAUGUAUUGUUUGAAUUACAUUUGUAUGUUGAGCUUAUGUUGCAUGCUGACACUGUAACAAAUAAUGUAAAUAAUGUGUGUGUGUGUAUAAUAAUUAGAAGUAUGGCCAGUGCUUAUGCAGAUUUUGCCCAACUGAUGUCAUUUCAAUGACAAAGAAAAGACAUUUAAUUCAGAUCUGAAGAGUUGUAUUUAAUUAUUGAAUGCACAAUGAGCUUAUUUCUGAUAUUCAGAACCAAUCGAUGAACAACCCAAAACACAGAAAUAUAGAAACAAGCAAAACUAAAACAAAACAAAAUUAAAAUAAACUGCAUGUAACAUCCAAAAUAAAAAUGACUGCCAGGAUAUAAACCUGCUGUCUCAAAUAUUGAUAAGAUCUCAUUUUGACCAGAUGGAAGUCUAGUGUUUACUCAUUAGGAGCCGAUCCACGGGGUUAUUGCUGGAGAUGCUCACCCCAUCCCCCAAACUUCAAAGCACUAUGGAAAUCCUCUAUAUACAUGUAAUGCAAUUUAGUAUUCUUUGGAAUACCCUAUGUGGCCUUUUUGAACUUAGAAUCUUGGAUUGGAUAUAAGCACGAAAAUAAGUUGCAGUGAAAUGUUUCAGGAACACUCUACCCACCAAAAAACAACAAAACACAAGAACAACAAAAUAUGAAUGUAUACUGAACGGAAGUUAUUAGUUACAUUUCACUGCCACAGUCGGUUUAAAUUACAUGUAAAUUAUGUGAUAAGUGUGUUGUUGAUUUCUGCUGCAGAAAAGUGCAUAUACAAGUAAUUAUUAAUGAUCAUUUUCCUUCUGUCAUCAUUUGUCAUGUGGUCAACAGAUUUAUUUCACCGGCCUUCUCUAUCUGUUGUAUAUAUCAUGAAAAAUAGUAAAUGUUUAUUAUGUACACAGUUUGUAGAAAUAGUUUUGGACUGUUUCUUAAAAAGAUUUGGUGUGGUUUAACUUAAUCCUCUAGUUUAGUAGCUAUUUGAGAUAUUCAGGUUACGUCCAUUCUCUUGUUGUUUUUUAAGUUUGCAAUUAAUGGGGAAAAUAUAGUUAUAUAUAUUUUUUGUUAUAAAAAAAGUAAUGUAAAUGUGAUAGAAAUUACUUAAAAGUAGUCUUUCAUGAUCUACUAAAUUAAAUGUAAUAUGAAAGUUGUUUUACAGUUCAUACUCUCAAUAAUACAUUGUUAUUGUUGUUUACAUUCCAGACUAGAUAAUAUUAAAAACAAUAUUAGACAGAUGGUUCACCAUAUUUUGAUACACGUAUAUCAUAUGCCAAGUAGAAUUAUACUUAAUGAAGCUGCAGAGUAAAGCAUCAGGGAAGUCUAAUGGUAAAACAACCACCUGUCCAUAAGGGACACCUCACUAUUAAUGAAGCUGCAGAGUAAUGCAUCAGGGAAGUCUAACGGUAAAACAACCACCUGUCCAUAAGGGACACCUCGCUGUGUCCCUUCAACAUAUCACUACAUUUAUUCCAAUCUAUAAAUGAAGGCCGCUUUAUGUAGGUUCAGUGGGCGACCAUUAUGGACAGGUUUGACUAAAUACAUUAACAAGUGCAUUAAUAAUAUAUGCUUUACCAAUUUUGCUCUUCUUUUUGUUUUGUUUAGAUGAGUAUGUUACAACUUAUUGAUCGUUGACACAAACCAGAAAUGGAACUUUCUGUCCUCUUGUUUUCAAUUAGUCAAAUUUUGCUCUUCUGACACUAAAAUCAUCAUGCAUGUCACAAACGUUUAUCUUGACGUUUGAUUCUGUUUUUGUAGUAUUAUUGGGUUUAUUUUCUAGUAUCCUUGUUUGUUAAUUACAUCUACUGUACACAUACAUUUUAAAUCUUAAAAUACAUGGCUAUUGGGCAGUGUAAAAUUUAUUUAGCUGCUUCAGCUUAUGAAAGUUAACUUGGCAUUGCUUCCAAAUUAUAAUCUUUGUCAAAUCAAUUGUGUGUUUGGUUGUUUUGGUGUGGUUCAGUAGGUCAAGAUGCAUUUUAUACAAAACAGGAAAGAUGUGUGUCUCAGAAAGAAAAACAAAUAAGUACACCACGACUGGUAUAUCAAAGGCUGUGGUAUGUGCUGUUCUGUCUGCGGGAUGGUGCUUAUAAUAGAUCGCUUCGGGCUAAUGAAAAAAUGUAACGGGUUUCUUCUCUAAGACUAUAUGUCAAAAUUACUGAAUGUCUGAUAUCCAAUAGCCGAUGAUUGCUCUGGUGGUGUUGUUAAACAAAACUAACUUUAACUUUUAUUUCAGUUGGGGGACAGCUAGAAUCUGGCUCUGUUGGUAGAGCUCACACAUGAGGUGCUUGGGUCAUAGGUCGAAUCUCUUUCAUUGACCCAACCAAUGCCUCAUGACUGGUAUAUCAAAGGUCUUGGUAUGUGCUGUACUGUAUGAGGAAAGUGCAUAUAAUGGUAAUGGUAAAAUAGUAUUGGGUUUGAUCUAAGUCUACACAUCAGAAAUAUGAAGUAUUUGACAUCCAAUAGCUGAUGGUUAAUUAAUAAAUGUUCUCUAAUGUUGUCGUUAAACAGAACCAGCUUUAUUUCAGUUAGAUUUAUUGCUAUCUUUGAUGUACAUGUAAGGAGGUUUAUUUUAUUUUAAAAGGAAUACAUGACCUUUGGGGAAUACCUUGGCGUCAUUAAACAAAACAAAGUUUAAAUUUUGGGGGAUACUUUAGAUAUUGUAAGACUUAAUUAAAUAACCAUUUGUGAAUUUGCUUAAUAUUGUUUCCAACAUUGAUAAUUUGUUAUUAUUAUUUUAUUUUUUUAAACAAUGGAUCUGUGCAUGUACAUUUCUCCAUCUAGGCUGUGUUGUAUAUCUCUGCUUAUGUAAUGUAAAUUUUAAUAUGUGCUUCACUGCAAGUUUAAUAUAUUUAUAGCAAACUUUAUGCACAUAAAUCCUGCAUGUGGAGCAAUAUACGUGUAUUGCUGUGAUAAAAAUAUAUCUUUACAUAUAGCUUUGAAUACUGACCACAUUCCUAUUGAUUUUGCUGUCACUAUAUAUUAAUUAUUAUAAUAUAUAAUGUAAGAUAUGACAUACAAAUUAUAUUAUAUAACAAAUUUUGAUCACUAUAAUUAUUUAGCCUGUUACUCAGUGGACAUCCCAUUUGAACUAUAUAAUUUGUACUAGUCUUUAUAUAAAAAAAUUUUAAAUAUGUUAAAGUUUCCAUACUCUUUGUAAGAAAAUGGAAGUAAAAUUUAUAACACAGGAAGUGUAAGGAAACUAGUUUAUUCUAAUUAGGUGUGAAUUGGAGUUUAAAUAUUAUUUUGUUCACGUGACAAAGUUUACGUGUUAGUUACCAAAUGUUUUGUUGUUAGACUGAUGGAUUGUUUUCAACCGAACAAGGCUGAUUUUUCAUGUUGACAGUUUCCCCAAGAAAAGUGACCUUUUGGAUUCAAAAGUGACCUUUUGUUUUAAAUGUGACCUUUUCAAUUUAAAAGUGACCUUUUUGUCUUGCUGGAGAAGACUAAAUUACGAAGCCCGGAUUCUUUUUAAAAAAGAAUUUGUUUACUGCAUCCACCCCUACAAGAUCCUUGGUAGGUCUAUAGAUGUUUGGUGUAGAAAUAUGUAACUGGUAACUAAGUCAAUUUAAUAUUAAAAUAUAUAUAUAUAUAUAUUGGUUGUCUACAAGUACUUAUUUACACAUGGUUAAUGUGCCUAAAAUAUUUAUGUGAUUGUUAACUUUAUAGUAUAUAUUAUAUGCAUUUUUAUAUAUUAGGUUAAAUUGUUGCAUAUAUGUAUAGUUAUUGUAUAUUUGCCUUGAAAUAUAUAUAUAUAUAUAUAUAUAUGUAAUUGUAAUUUCUUUAUUGGUAGACUAUCUUACAAAUAUCUGGUAUACUUGUACAUUUAUCAAAUUCUGUUACAACUAUCUCUACAAUUGUACAUUUAUCUUCUAAAAAUAUACUAUUUUCAAUA